CGUAUGGUAAUGUUAUACGCAGCAAUAUCCUUACCAAUCUUAAAAAAACAGUCACGGGGGCACACUUUCGUACAAAUACUUACUGCACUCGUCGCUCCGAGUAUACCUUAAAGUAUGACAUUCGUCUCGAUGGGUAUCCGUAGUGGACUCGCGUGUAACUCCUGAUGCGCAGCUCCUCUUUCUUCUGUCAACCUGACAACGAUACAACAACGGGAAAAAGCCGUCCUCGUCGACAGUAUACUUACCGCCCACCGCCUAGUAUAACGCGUGUGUGUUAUUUGCAGCAGUGCAGUGCCUCGAUCGAGCGCGCGCCGAGUAACAGUUUAUUUUAUUGUUGUUAAGCGCGUCGUCUGGUCGACAGUUGCGUCGUCGUCGUGUCACUGCCGCUGCCUAUAUAUAUACACGCAUGCCUGGCUCGCGCUAAAGUUUGCAUUUGUUCAUUUGCUACAACUGACAGUACACAGUUAACAGUGUUGUUCUUGUUGUUGUUGUUGUUUCGUGCAAAGAAAUUCAUGGAUACGCCUGUAUACUUUGUAAAAAAGACGAGGUGUCAAGGAUAAAGCCCCCCGCCCCCCGCCGGAGGUGGACCGCCAGAGCAGCUGACUACCAUUGCUCCAGUACAACUGGGUCAGUGCUACGGAGCAGCAGCAGCCGCCUCGUCCAAGCAGCCAAGGGGAGUAGAGGAGCUCACCCCGGUGGAAUAACUCGAGGGGGUUUACAACCACCGAUCGACCGAGUGAGGGUGUAAAACAAAAAAAAAAAAAAACAGAAGAAGAACAUAACCGAAGAUGCCUGCGCCGACGUCAGCCGCGGCGGCCGAGCCCGCCCCGCCCCGCACUGAGCUGCAGGAGCUGCAAUUCAAGGCCGACCAAACGACCGAUGAGUCGCUCGAGAGUACGAGGCGUAUGCUGGCGCUAUGCGAGGAGAGCGAGGAGCUUGGAGCGAAUACCUUAAUGAUGCUAGAUCAUCAAGGGGAACAAUUGGACCGCAUCGAGGAGGGAAUGGACCAGAUCAACGCCGACAUGCGCGAGGCCGAGAAAAACUUGACGGGGAUGGAAAAGUGCUGCGGACUCUGCGUUCUUCCCUGCAACAAGAGCUCGAGCUUCAAGGAGGACGAGGGCACGUGGAAGGGCAACGACGACGGCAAGGUCGUGAACAAUCAGCCCCAGCGCGUCAUGGACAACGGCAUGGUGAUGCCGAGCGGCUACAUCGGCAAGAUAACGAACGACGCACGCGAGAACGAGAUGGAGGAUAACAUGGGCCAGGUCAACACGAUGAUCGGCAAUCUGAGGAACAUGGCCAUCGACAUGGGCAGCGAGCUCGAGAAUCAGAAUCGCCAGAUCGACAGGAUCAAUCGCAAGGGCGAGUCGAACGAGACGAGGAUACAGGUGGCGAACGAGCGGGCCCAUCAACUCCUCAAAUAAAUCCCCCCCCGCAGCUGCGGGUUAAUUCGGCGGCCGCUUAAUGGAUCAUGCAAGAAGAAGUGGAUGAACGGACGGCAAGUACACGCAGCAUCAUCAACCGUAUCGUAAAUCAUAUUACUCGCAGUCGGAGAGCGAAACGAAUAAUAAACAAACAAAAAAGUAAAAUUAAACGAAAAUAUCAUAAAGAGUACUAUAUAAGAGCUAAUAAAAUUAAUGCGUGGGUGCGCCGAAACUUACCUGUACUCGGGUUCGCGUGCGCGCCACCCUCCGCUACUCAACAUCCGCAAAAUGUUUCAGCUACAAUACUUAUUGUUAUAACUAGUAUAAUUAUUAUUAUCAUUACUGGAGAGAAAAAAAAAAAGUAAUAUAUUACACAACAUUAAUUUUCAUAAAUUGUCGCAAGUUUACCUUGAUUAUCUUCCUUCUCUACCCAGCCUUUAUUUUCAAUACUGCUGUUCAUGCGGCAAAAAAAAAAGUAAAAAUGCCACUUUUAUUAACUGUGCGUCGACUUGAUAUACGUAUACGUAUGUGCUCGUGCAUACAUAUUAUAUUUAUUAAUGAAACAGAAGAAACAUUGCGAAUUUUCGACCGGCCACCGGAUAAGACAAAGGAGCGAAUAAACAUAAAUUUUAAAAAAUCUCACCCUCCCCCGCAACACGUGCCGCAAGUAUCACUUGAAUUGUCUUUACAGCGUUAAAUGGUCGUGAAAUUGACAACGGGUCGUUUCUUGGUUGCGGUGUGCUUUUGAAUGACGGAGUUCUCGGGUACGAAAAAUUUAAUUUAAACGCAAAGCAAAAAAAGUGAAGAAACGAAAGCUUUGGGGCUGCGCAGCGAGUUCUAUGUCGCAGCUUUACCAAGUAUUUUUGCGAAUAUACUUGCUAAGGGCAUGUACAAGUGAACAUGAAAAAAAAAAAGAAAAAAAAAAAUAGAUAAUAAUAAUAACGUGUACAUAACUUUCGCUGCAGCAGCGUUUCUCUAUCCGUAGCCGAGACCUCGUUUAAUUUUUUUUUUUACGCGAGGCCUCGAUGUCUUAAAUAUACUUCUCUCUCUCUCCCCUUCUUCCUCUGUCUUGUAUAUCUGUAUGAUAUUCGUACAAACACGUUCCCAUGCACACAUACACAUAUACACACAGAAAGCAACGCUUAAAAGGGUCUUACAGUAGUUAGAGCAUUUUCCUUCUCGAGUACAAAGUCGUUUUUUAAAUUACAAUUUUUACGAAAACGGUGCAUGAAAAUAAUUGGGGGGAAAAAAAAGAAGAAGAAAACAAAUAAUUAAGGACCUCUCUUUGUCGCACGACAUCAACAACAAGUAAACAUGGACACAAAGACACAAGUAUCUUCCAACGUUUGACGAUUUUCUAUAUAUAGAACAGACGCGCAUGGCGUUUCGUUGUAUUUUUCUUCUCGUGUCUCUAUAGUGCAUGAAGCUAAUAAUCAAUUAUAAUGAUAAAGCGAAAAAAAAGAAAAAAUAAAAAAAUAAAAAAAAAAAAAUAUGAAAAAGGGGGAUAAAUGAAACUGUAGAAGGAAAAAUUGCGGAGAAACGGUGACAAAAACGUUUAUACACGUGAACAAUGAUCAUUAUACAUAAUAGUAAUAAUAAUGAAAAAUAAAAUUAAUAUACAUAUAUAUUUGUAAACGACGGUAAUGAGUCGACUCAGUUUUACGUGCCUUUGAUCGUUCUCGUUUUUCAUUUGUAAGACCCUUGCAGGACCCACGGAGCUAAUCAAGCGUAACGAAUAUAAAAGUCCUUGUACCAAAACACGCCUUUUACGAUUGGCUGCUUUUUUUUCUCCCACACAAUCACACGAUACAAAAAAUUGAUCUAUCAUGAGCUGAAGUGAAAGCAAGCUGUGGUUUUUUUCCUCUACUAUCCUUAGAAUACAAUGCAAUAUAUGAUGCUGAACCGCAUGUCAAAAGGUUCGUUGUGGUUAUUUUCUUUUUUCUUUUUUUUUUUCCACGGAAUAACGACAAACCUGUACUUUGUCUCGCGUACUUUAGAAAUAAUCAGAAAACAAAGUCAUCUUUAAAAGCACUUGAGUAACAGUUCAUUCUCUUGUAUUAUCAUUAUUAAUGGUAAAAAAAAUUUUUUUCUUUUUUAUUAAAUGUAACAACAAACCUAAAUAAAGAAGUAAAUAUAUAAUAUACGUAGACGUAUAGUGAACAAACGAAUAGGUAAUAUGAAGGGAAAGGAGGAAAACACAACGAUUUUCAUAAGUGCAUUGAGAUACAUAAACAUUUGCAAAACGUGUUUUAUCAAUCGUUCGGCAACGAGAGGCGACGCGAACUGUAAGUAUUUUCUUUCCUUUUUUUUUUGUUUCAAAGAAAUUUUGCACAAUUUAACAUUAACACGUUAGGUAUAUUAUACACACGUACUGUCAGGUGAUGAACGAUAGCGCGUACGAUAGAAAAAUCAUUGUAUAAUAAUUACGACACUAGCUCGCGUAGCAAAAAAAAAAAAAAAAGAAAGAAAGAAAGAAAAAACAUACUUAUAAGAGGGAACGUCCCGGCCAUAAAUAUUGACAUAAAAUUGUACAGCUCGAGGAUAGUAGAGGAGUGUAUAAAUAUUGUAUAAAACACAAAAUUAUUACGAAAUGGAGGAACGUUUCGCGAGGGAGAGAGAUAACACCGUCUGCUGCCGAACACAAGGGAGAUAAAAAAAAUUAAAUAAACAGAGGGAGAGAAAGUGUGCACGCGAUUAAGAGCAGAUAUAUAUAUAUUUUUUUUUUAUUGCCAAGGCAUCCGCGAAGUAUAUCCUUGAUUUUUAACGCCGAGGGUGUAUCCGAAAUUAUAUUAAAUACAUUUCGUUGGAUUGCGUUUGUUCGGUGGUUUUUCGGGGGGAGGUCGUAAGUCGACGCUUUCGGUAAAUACUUGGCGUCCUUCAACAAAAGCCGCACGCAAUUCGUAUACGCACGAGACGGUCACGGUAAGCUCCGAACUCCGAAAGACGUGCGUAUUAUACACAAACGAAACUGCGAAACGAUACUAUUGUAGGAAAAAAAUAAAACAAUUGCGGGAAGCAAGAGUGUUUUGAAAAAAAAAAAUAAAAAAAAAGAAAAAAAAAGAAACAAAACAAAUAGAGCCGGUGUAGGAGGGAAACGGCGAUGAGAAGGAAAAAACUUGUACAUUAUUGUAUUUACACAGAAAGCUUGUACAUGUACUGUAGAGAAAAAAAAAAAGUAAGUAAAUAAAAUAAACCGUAGAGUCGAUGUAGCGACGAGAGAAAAGGAACAGAGGUUGUUGGCGUGUGCGUGAUGUACGUGUAAACCAUAGUUGAAUAAUAAUUAUAUACGUGGAAGUCGGCGGCGGCGAUGAUCAUGAUAAUCAAUUGUGUAAGUAGUUUGCCGAGGCGCGGGUGCCUGGAGCGUCGAAUUGCAGUUUUGUUUCUUUUCCUCGCCAAUGGAGUGUUGACCUAUGAAAUUGAUAAAUUUUUUUUAUUUGCCGGGAAAAACAGCCAUUCCUCUCCUCCAUGUCACCAGAUGUUUUCAUUUUUUCGUUCGCAUUCGAGCAUCACGCGCGUCAGAUAAUUAUGACGCAUCGAGAGAUUAUGCCCAUCUUUUAAUACGUUAUACCCACGUAUCUCUGUUUUAAAUAGCCUUUGGUUUUUGUACGCGUAUUGUAUACAAUAGAGGGGGGGGGGACGGAGCGGUGAAUCUCGGUGUAUAUUAUUUAGCAAUCUAUACCGGGAGAAAAGAAAUAAGUCGUGCCACGAGGGCGAGGGGGAGAUAAACAAAGAGGUGGAGACUUUGUAAAUUUUAACGAUACGCUCGUUCGUAUAUAUAAAGGUGAGGUUUUUCCCCCUCCCCCGCCCUCCUCCGAUGGCUCUAACGCGUUGCGCUCUUGACCUACUGCUCGGGGAGCAACGUCAAGUGUGUCUAAUGCAAUGUAAGAAAAGAAAACGAAAUUCCGUUCGUUCCUGUGUGUCCAACGACAGGAUAUAUCCCGUACACGCAUAGUAACGGCGAUUCUCACGGUCAUCGCCGUUGUCGCCCUCUACUGCACAGUGAACGCGCCAGCUUUUGCUCUUUUGAAAAAAAAAAAAAAAAAAAAAAAAUGUUUUUCUUUAUCGGGACUUGUAGUAUUAUACUUAUUCAUGGCGAUGCAUUUUUCACGAAAGCGAACGAGCGAGUGCCCGUACAUGUAUAUGGCCUUUGCAUGCCUGUACUCUCAUAUUAUAUAUUACCCAUUGGGUAUAGGCUUGUGCGUGAGUGCGUAUAUGCAUGUAUUGCCGGAGCUUUUCAUCGAUGCCCUCGGGGGUGGUAGAAAGAACACGUGUAAAUUAUUCGUACUGGCUGGUGAUUAUUAUAUAGUAUAUUAAUUGGUAAACGCGAGGCGAGCUGAUGUGCGUACACACGUGUGAUUGGUAACGAUAGUGUGUGUGGAUAUGUAUUAUUAUCAUCGUGUACGUACACAUACGUAAAUGUCAUGUUUCGUAGUAUAGAGAUGAUUGAAAGGAAUAACGAUUACUAAUAUAUGUCAUACGUACCGGGGUAAAUAAAUAAACAGUUGAUGGCCUCGUUUAUACAUUACAUGCAAUAUUGAGAUCCGAUUGUUUUUUUUCUUUUUUUUUUUUUUUUUCUCUUACUUUGCGUGUACGAUGUGUGUGCGCUAUAUGACGUAUUGAUUUUUUAAAUUAUUUUUUGCUACACCGUACUCGAAAGUAUAUUAUGUACAAUAUAGAGGGUAACUACUCGUAGUUGGCGGGAUGCUUGUACAAAAGUUUGCUUCAUACUUGAUGGGAUACUUUGUGCGAAUAGUGGCGAUGAAAGGAGGUAAGCUAGAUAAUUAUUGGAAAUUGGAUUUGCGCUUUUCAAGUGAUUGCUCUUGCGCGCUUUUCAUACGAUUUAGGUGUAGGGAUAUUACGAUGAUGAAACAAAGUGUCCCUCGUCGGUGUGUUUUACAAUAAUACCACAAAAAAAAAAAAUAAAGAAAUAAAAUAUAUAUACAGACAAGAUAACAAUAUUAACAAAACGUAAUCGAGAAGCAAUGGAUGUCUAUAUGCGUAUAGUUGCAGAGAUGAGAAGGUUUUUUUUUUUUUACAUACAUAAUAAGAAUGACAAAGUAAUCGAGGGGAGAGUUUGUAGAGGAAAAAAAUGGUAAUCAUGUAAUGGCUUAUCUAUACAUGUAAUUAUAACCGCGUACCAAAGUUUGUGAUAAUCGAUGGAUGAGCGAAUAAAUAUAAAAAGUUGUUGCAAGUAUAAUUAGGAAGAUGACAAUUGGAUCCCUGUACGUGCGUCGAUGAUGCGAAGCAAAGAGAUUUCUCGAAUCUGCCGUUCACUCGAAGCGACCGCGUCGCUUUACUCAAAGAAAGGCAUAAUACUUAAGUAUACCUUGAAUUUUCAUAUUGCAAAUAAAACAAAAGCACCAAACGCGCAUGCAAUGGAUACGCGAGAUUUUUUCGAAUUUUUCAAUCCUCUGUCGUCUUAGAAACUCAUCUUUUUUCGUAUCUUUAUGUCGCGUGCGGUAGUUUGUUCGCUUAAUCGCGGAUUUCUUCCAUUUAUUGCUUGUUAAUGAAAAAAAAAAAUGAAUAAAAUGAAACAAAAAAAAAAAAAAGAUUUAAUAUUUAUUAAUUUAUAAUUAACGGCACGUGAUUAUUGUUACUGGAAAAAACGAGAGUUGGUAAAAAGAAUUGGAAAAAAAAAAAAUUUUUGUCUCUUUCAUUAUAUAAAUGUCUAGUUACAAAGAUCUGCAGAUUCGAGGAGUGUUCAAAGAGCGUUAGCUUUUAAAACAGGUAAAAAAAACAAAAAGAAAAAAACAUGUAAUACACACAGACGCGCGCCGCAAACCGUAAAAAAUUGUUAGUGUCGCUGCGAAAAAAAAAAAAAAAAAGAUAAAAAACAGUUCCAGAGGGAAGAGACGAAGACAAUGAAUUUAACGACGUAACGACGCAUCGAACGAUCGCUAGAUCUACGUAGUGAAAAGCUGGGCGCAAUGGGAAAUACCGACAGUGAACGAUAGAAGAAAAAAAAAAAAAAAAAUUAACAAUCGUCCUCUUCUCUUCUUUCGAUCUUUUUCUCGAGUGCACAUAGCAAAGAAGGUAAGAAGAGGACGUCAAGGUGGGGGCCAUUUCAUUUAGGAGAAAAAAAAAAAAAUAAUAUAUAAAGUACGCGAGUAGGUAUGCAACAUUGUAACGAAAAUUUAACGCAAGUGUAGACAGAAAGAGACAUGGAAAAAAAACAAAAACAAAGAAAUACCUUGAUUGCUGCAAUGAUGAAGCAGAAAUGAGCGACGGUGAAACAGACAAUUGGUUAUUGGCUUUCCCUAGAUUUCGUCAGCGUCAUCUAUACAUAAUUAUACAAAAUAUAUAUGAUAUGAUAUAUAUACAAACACACACUUAUACAUACGUAUGUUAAUAAACUCAGAAAUCAAGUUUAUGCUAAACAGAGUGAACGAGAGUUCAUAAAAGUGAAAAAUGAAAAAAAAAAAAACAAACAAACAAACAAACAAACACACGAUGAAAAGAUGCAUAAAGAAGAACAAAACGAUCUCGCAGAUUCUAUACAUUGUAAAUGCAUAUGUAUUUACUUCUCGAGUAAUCUAGAGAAUUAAGGAUUGUAUAUUUAUGUGCCCUAACAACUAAAGUCUCCAAAAAAUUAUUAUAUCAUCUUGAUUGUUUUACUUUGCGUUUACCUCCCUGUACAUUAAUAUAUUACGAGACAUGUAUUUAUCUUUCCUAUGUAAUGCAAAUAAAGUUUGUUUCUUGUUAAAUGCCA